UACGCGCGUUGCACAUGCAUGGAGAGCUCUACCGGGGAGGGACUUUUACAUGUGGAAAGGGAAUAAGCGGGCCACUCUUUCUCUCUGCUCGGGGUCCUUCUGGAGCAGCGCAAAUCCUGUUUUUUUCUUGCAGGAAGACACCUGCACCCUCAGACUACGAGGCCUCGCCGGCUUUAACUGGCGACCAUCAAGGGUUAAAGCAGGACAGUAUUAAUUUCGCCGGCGUUUCCACAGGCUAUAAUGUUAGGCAGGGGCCAGGCACAAGCCUCCAGUCCCAGUGACCAGAGGAAGAAAGGGGUUGAGAAGACGCUGGAUCCUCUCAGGAGGCUCGGAGUGUUAGAUGAUGAGGACAUCCGCGUGAUGAUGCAGGGCUCCAACAUGGUGAAGGUGCGCUCUUCGCGGUGGCAAAAGAGCCGAAACCUGAGGCUGCUGGAGGACGGGGUCACGGUGUGGUGUGAAUCUACCAAGAGCUCCCGCAAGGCCAAAGCCCAGCAGACCUUCUCGGUGACAGAGGUGGAGUGCGUGCGUGAGGGCUGUCAGUCAGAGGCCCUGAGGAGGCUGUCCGGUUCGGUGCCAGAGAACCAGUGCUUCACCGUGGUGUUCCGGGGCGCCAGGAAGAGCCUGGACCUGCUGUGUCCCUGUGAGGACGAAGCCAAGCGCUGGGUGCGAGGGAUCCGCACCUUGAAGGAGCGCGUGGCAGGCAUGACCCAGAAGGAGAAACUGGACCAUUGGAUCCGUGGCUACCUGAGACGAGCUGAUCAGAACCAGGAUGGCAAGAUGAGCUACGAUGAAGUCAAGCGGCUGCUCCAGAUGAUCAACAUUGACCUGAGUGAGCAGUAUGCCCGCUCCUUAUUCAAGAAGUGUGACCGUUCGUCUGAUGGCCGUCUGGAUCACAUCGAGAUUGAGGAGUUCUGCAGGGAGCUGCUGCGCCGGCCGGAACUGGAUGCAGUCUUCAGACACUACUCCAGUAACGGCUGCGUGCUCUCCACGGCUGAGCUCCGUGACUUCCUGGGAGACCAAGGGGAGGACGCCUCUUUACUCCACGCCCAGACCCUCAUACUCACCCAUGAGCUCAAUGACUGGGCCCAGAAGAACCAGUUCAUGACCCAGAACGGGUUCACCAUGUACAUGCUCUCUCUGGAGAACGACGUGUUUAACCCUGACCAUGCCAGAGUCAACCAAGACAUGAGCCGCCCCUUGGCCCACUACUUCAUCUCCUCCUCACACAACACCUACCUUACCAAGGACCAAGUCACCAGCGCCAGCAGCACCGAGCCAUACAUCAGAGCUCUGAAUCAGGGGUGUCGCUGUGUGGAGCUGGACUGCUGGGACGGAGAUAAAGGAGAACCUGUCAUAUACCACGGGCACACUCUCACCUCCAAGGUCCCGUUCAAGGAGGUCAUCGAAACCAUCAACCAGUAUGCCUUCAAGGCUUCCCCAUACCCUCUAAUCCUGUCCUUGGAGAACCACUGCUCAGUGGAGCAGCAGGCUGUCAUGGCCAAACACCUCCGCACCAUCCUGGGCAGCAAGCUGCUCACCAAGCCCCUCAGUGACCGUCCACUAAAGGAUCUACCCUCACCUGAGGAAUUGAGGGGGUAUAUUCUGAUAAAAGGGAAGAAGGAGACUCCUCACCUGGGCCAGCUGGGGAAGAACAGCAGCUACACCAGCUUCUCUUCGAGCUCCGAAGACGAGUUAGCCAGCAGUAACAAGAAGGACCCUGGAAAGGUGGUGUGUACUAAACUGAGCCCAGAGCUGUCGGAGCUGGUGGUUUACUGCAGGAGCGUUCCCUUCCGUGGGUUUGAAAAUGAAUCGGAAAAACGGCCGAAUGAGAUGUCCUCCUUCUCCGAGAGCGAUGCCCUCAGACUCAUCAAAGACUCAGGAAAGCUGUUUGUGAGACACAACAGCAGGCAGCUGAGCCGGAUCUACCCCUCCGGCCAGCGCCUCCAAUCAUCCAACUAUGAUCCCCAGGAAAUGUGGAAUGGUGGCUGCCAGAUGGUGGCCCUGAAUUUCCAGACACCUGGGGAGCAGAUGGACCUGAACCAGGGUCGCUUCCUCCCCAAUGGCCGCUGUGGAUACGUCCUCAAACCCGGCUUCCUGUGCAGCUCCACGUCCAACUUCAACCCGGAGAACACAGGAGGAGGGCCUGGUCACGUCCCCACUCAGCUGACUAUACGAAUUAUAUCUGCCCAACAGCUGCCAAAAAUCAAUACAGACAAGGCGAGCUCCAUUGUGGAUCCACAAGUGUGGGUGGAAAUUCAUGGAGUGGCCAUUGAUAAUUCAAGAAACAAAACCCACCGCAUUGACAACAACGGUUUUAAUCCGAGGUGGGACUGCACUCUGAGCUUCCAGCUGCAGGUUCCUGAGCUGGCCCUGGUUCGCUUCGUAGUGGAGGACCACGACCACACCGCCAAGAAUGACUUUGUGGGCCAGUUCACCUUACCUUUCACAAGCCUGCGCACAGGUUACCGUCACGUGCACUUACUGAAGGCCGAUGGUUCCAGUCUGUCCCCUGCCACGCUCUUUAUCCAUGUAAAAGUGUCCCGCAAAGGAGUUCCUAUCAAAACUGUGUCAGAGCGCAUGGCCUUGGCCAAAGGCAAGGCAUGAUGUGCAUGUGAAGCAUCUGAAAAACCACAUUUCUGACAACAAAGAGCUUUGGAAAGACGCUGUGGAAGUGAGGAACGAGGCUGCCUGUCAGUCUCGCAGCCUCAGUUUACACCAGGCUACCCCUGUAUGAAGACAGAAAAAUGUCAUGUAUCAGUCAGAGAUGAUGAAGAAGAGCCUCGGCUGCUGGGAAGUAAAUUGCUUAGGGUUGGAUAGGAAAUCCUUGAUACACAGAGGGAGUGACUCGUCUGACUGCUCCUCCCCUCUGUGGUAACAAGGCACUGGAGGUUAGCUGUUAUGGAUUGUGAAACACACAAAAUUGUGCGGUGUCUUUGUCUUUCAUGUGAAGGACCUGAUCCCAGAUCUUUGGGACAAAAUGGAGACACGUUCCUUUGUCUUUUUUUGGAGAAAAUUUCAACAUUUUUAUACUUCAGUAUUAUGUUUUAACUUAAAGGAUGGUAUGAAUAUUGCAUAAAUAGCUCUUAACUGACUUAAGCUGAGAUGUGUUAUCGUUAGCAGAUCGGUCAUGACUGUGGUUGUUGUUUUGUUACAGGUAUAAAAUAGAAAAUACAACUAUUGUUAUGAUUGAACAGAUUUCAGUAUUGAAUGUGUCAUAAUGUUUUUCAAUGUUUGCCAAAGUUUCUGUAUAUGAAGGCUGAUCAAAAGAUAAAUAAUCAUGUUAUUAAUCCAUUUUGAUACUAGAUAGUCUAACCUUGACAAAGUUUUAUUAUCAUUAUUAUUAUUAUUAUUAUGAGACAACUUGUUGGAAAUUUCUACCAAGUAUGAACAAAGUAGUCCAACUAAUCAAUGAUCGUUUGAUAUGACUUACAAAGUGUUAGCUCACUGAUAGCUGUUUUAUCCUGUUUUAUUUCAAAUUCUGUAAAAAAAAAAAAAAAAAAAAAAAAAAAAAAUGUUGGUGCUUUGCCUUGGCAUAAUUUCAUGAAUGUAAAGUAUUCAGUCAAAAUCAUUGAUGACUAUUCAAGUCGUCUGCAAGUGGUCUGCUUGCCUCCUUUCUGUUGAAAAACCUUCAUCAUUUCAUUUUAGUGGCCACUUUUCCACAAAACAUUUUCAGAACUGGGAAACAGUGGUUGCACAUUUGACUCGGGGAAUCCCAUCUAAGCACCACUUAGGAGACAAUGGAAUCAUUUUAAGGCCUUACAAGAAGAUUCCCACAUUUGCCGCCAUGGAGCAGAACCGCACAGUGUUAGCCAGAUUACUGUUAAUCCCACUGGCAGGAUUGGUUAAUUUCCAGAUUCUGGUGCUGAGAUCAUUGUGCACCUGGAGGAAUCAAGUCAUUAUGAGUGCAGCGUUAGUGCUCGUGUUGUAUGAAUGACAG